AUCUAAUGCAUUUGAAGUGCUGGCACUCGAUGGAGUUAGUACUGGGAUACUUCAGUUUUAUACAGCCCAGGAGAGUGCUGACUGGCUGAGAGCAAUAUCAACUAACAUCAGUGAUUUGACACUUCAAAAUAUGAAAAUGGCAAAUAAAUGCUGUUCUCCCUCAGACCAGGUCAUACAUAUGGGAUGGGUAAAUGAGAGACUCGAAGGAACUGAUUCAUCUCAGCUCUACAAAUUCAAGUUUCUGGCACUGAAAGGUUCAUCCUUCUACAUUUUCAGCACUCCACCGGUAAGCACACUAGACUGGGUGAGAGCUGAAAAAAUCUAUAACCUCUGUGAGGUUCUAUUUAAAAUUCACAAGCUCUGGCUUGCUGAUGAUUACUGGCUACAAGCAAACUUGUAUUUAGGUAUUCAUCAGGACUUUGAUCUGGAAGACCAGAGGCCAUAUUGUUUCAGUGUUAUGGUUGGACAUGGCAAGAGUCAUUAUUUCAAUGUAGAGCUGGGCAGCGAGUUGGCAGUGUGGGAGAAAUCAUUUCAAAGAGCUAUUUUCUUGGAAGUUCAAAGAACAGGGUCUAAAACAUACAUGUGCAGUUGGCAAGGGGAUACCCUGUGUUUCACAGUUGACUUUGCUCUGGGAUUUACCUGUUUUGACAGUAAAACAAAGAACGUACUGUGGAGGUUUAAGUUCUCUCAGCUCAAGGGCUCUUCAGAUGAUGGGAAAACAAGAGUAAAGCUGCUUUUUCAGAAUCUAGACACCAAACAAAUUGAGACAAAGGAACUUGAAUUUCAGGAUCUGACAGCAGUUUUACACUGUAUUCACUCCUUUAUAGCAGCAAAAGUGGCAUCUGUGGAUCCAGUAUUCAUAGACAGUCAGAGUAUUGCAAGAAAAUAUAUGUAUAGUAACUGA